UCGCACACCUGCAGGAUAAUCAUACUCAUAAAACAGCAGGUCUGAAGAUCUAAGAGAUCCUUUCAACAGGAAAUUGCACUCUAGUUUCUUUUCUUCCUGAACCAUUUUUUUUAAAUCUAAUGUUCCAGUGGUUACCAUGGAAACUGUAUCAGCUGUGAUAUCCUUCACAUUGAUGCCAUACACCGAACUGGAAGAUCACAGAUAUUUAUACUUCAUAUGUUUCCUUCUUUGAUGAGCCUAGCACGGACACUACAUUCAGGUGAUUAUGGAAAAUGUAUCAGCAGUGACAUCCUUCAUUUUAACAGCAUACACUGAACUGGAAGACCACAGAUAUUUAUACUUCAUACUUUUACUCGUGUUGUACGUUCUGAUAUUAUUUGUAAAUUCAGGUCUAAUUGUAGUAAUAUGCAUAGAGAGAGGUUUGCACGGGCCUAUGUAUUUGUUUAUAUGUAACUUAGCCGUGAAUGGAGUGUAUGGUAGUACCUCUUUAUUACCACCUAUGCUUGGCCAUUUGUUAUCUCAGAAUUAUGAAAUAUCUCGGACCUUUUGUCUUUUACAGAUCUUUUGUUUACACUCACAUGCUUCAGUUGAUUUAAAUGUUUUAGCAGUGAUGGGCUAUGACCGGUAUGUUGCCAUUUGCCAUCCAUUACACUAUCACCAGUUAAUGUCUCGUAGAAAAGUGUGCACCCUUAUUGCAUUGUCUUGGUCUCAUGCCCAUAUUCUUUUUGGACUCUUUUUCAUAUUAACUGUACAGCGAACAUUUUGUGCUGCUAUCAUAGAAAAAGUGUUCUGUGCCAAUUUUGAAUUAGUCAAACUGUCUUGUUUUGAAACCUCUUUUCAGAACAGAGUUGGCUUUGUUGUAGCUUUUCUUGUAAUUGUUCCACAGCUGCUCAUGAUACUAUUUUCCUAUGCACAAAUACUCAGAAUCUGCCUGUUUGCUUCUAAGGAAUCUCAGGCCAAAGCUUUUCAAACAUGCACUCCACACCUAGUGGCUGUCAUUAACUAUUCAGUGGGAUGCUUUUUUGAGGUCACCCAAAGUCGUUUCAAUAUGAGUCAUAUACCUUAUAAAGCUCGUAUAUUCCUGUCCCUUUACUAUCUGAUAAUUCCUCCAUUGUUUAAUGCUAUCAUUUAUGGAAUUAGCAUUCAAGCAAUCAGGGCUCAUAUCGUCAAACUGUUUAGUGGUAUGAAAAAUAAGUUGAUAACGCGGAUGAUAAUGAAGUAACCUUAAGCCUGUUUAAUUCAUAAUCCCAAUUUUAAGUCACAUAACUCAAAUGAGCCCAUUUACAUUUUAGGAUCCAUCAGACUCUCUAAAGAUGUACAUGUGGAGGUGUUAGUUAUUUUGUGUAAAAUGACAUAAAUUGCCUGACAAUAGAAAAAAAUUGCUAUCCUGAGUGGAUUCACAAUAUGUUCAUGGUUCAAUUCGAUUUUGGUAGUUUAUUUUCAUUUAUUACAAAAUAAAUAAAUGCCUUUAACA